AAAAUAUGAAAAAAUAUGAUGCAAUAAUUAUAGGUGGUGGUCACAAUGCACUUGUGGCAGCCUGUUAUUUGAAAUAUAAAAAGAUUCUACUUUUAGAGAGAAGACAUAUAACAGGUGGAGCUGCUUAGACAGAAGAGAUAUAUCCAGGAUUUAAGUUUAGUCGAUUUUCAUAUUUACUUUCUUUGAUGCGUCCAUUAGUAAUAAAUGAAUUGAAUUUAUAUUAACAUGGUUUGAAAUUAUUUAGAAGACCAAUAUCAAGUAUAACAGUUACAAAGAACAAAGGAGAAUAUCUAUUGAUGAAUUCAGAUUCAACUUUUUGUAAGUAAGAAAUAGCAAAGUUUUCAAAAAAGGAUAGUGAAGUAUACGAUGAAUACAAUCAAUUUUUAUCUGAAAUUAUAGAUUUAUGGAGUUAUUAUCAAGAUAAAUAUCCUUAUGACACAUCUGUUAAAGGGUAAAACAUUAAGAAAACCUUUGAUGAUCUUGGAUUAUUAUUGAGAAUGGGUUAAGAUGGAUGGAAAAAUAAAAAUAAAGUAUAUCUUAUUAUUAUAUACAAUAUUAGAUAUAUGAUUAUAUUUAAUUUAUGUCACAAUCAUCAAGUUAAUUUUUAAAUAAAUGGUUUGAAUCAGAAAUAUUAAAAGGAACUCUUAUAACAGAUGGAAUAAUAGGUGAAAUGAUAUCAAUAGAUACUCCUGCUAGUGCAUAUAUAUUAUUACAUCAUGUAAUGGGAGAGAUAUUUCCAAAUUCUAAAGGAGAAUGGGCAUUUGUUGAAGGUGGAAUGGGAUCAAUAUCUAAGAUUUUAACUAAUUUAAGUGAAUAAAAAGGAGUAGAAAUUAAAACUAAUAUAAAUGUUGAACAUAUUCUUACUGAAAAUAAUUAAGUCACAGGAGUUAAAUGUUCAGAUAAUUAAACUUAUUGUAGUGAUACAAUAAUAAGUAGUGUAACUCCAAGAAUUACAUUUGAAAAAUUAUUAUCAAAAGAUUAAAUAAAUAAAGAUCAUAAAUAUUUUAAUGAUGUUAAACAUAUGGAAUAUAAUGGAGCUUGUACUAAAUUUAAUUUUGCUGUAUCUGAAAUGCCUAAAUUUAAAUGUUUUGAAGGAACUAAAUAUGAAAAACCUGAAUCUGUAUUAAUAGGUACAACUCAUUUAGGAUGUGAAAAGUUGGAUACUUUAAGAUCAGCAUAUUAAGAUUGUAUUAAUGGAAAGUAUUAAUAAUUAAUUAUCAAUAUUUAGAUCAUUUAGUGAUAAUUUAUUUGUUGAUUUAGUAGUACCAACAAUUCAUGAUAAAACAAUCGCACCAUAAGGCUAACAUAUUGUAUAAUGCCUUGUAUAAUAUACUCCUUAUAAAUCUAAUUGGAAUGAAUAAAUUAAAUAAUAAUUGAAAGAAUAAGUGAUUGAUUACAUAUCACAAUAUGCACCUAAUUUUAAGUAUAAAUAAAAAUUAUUAAUAGGAAAUCUAUCCUAUAUACUGAUAUGGUAACACCAUAAGAAAUUGAAUAACUUUUAAAUAUGACAGAAGGUAAUAUCUUUCAUGGUGCUUUAACUCUUGAUAAAUUAUAUGGAAAUAGACCUAGUAAUGGAUAUAAUAGUUAUGGAACUCCUAUUAAUGGACUAUAUUUAUGUGGUUCUGGAACACAUCCAGGUGGUGGUGUUAUGGGUGCUCCAGGAAGAAAUUGUGCAUUGUAUGUUAAUAAUUAUCUAAAAUGAGA